UGACGCGGGAGCUUUCCCCGCCGCCCUCCCUCUCUUUCUCUCUGUCGCUGGAUUGCUCUCUCGUUCCGAAGGAAAAGAAUUCCGGCAGGCCCCCUCUCUCUCUCUCUCUCUCUCCCUCUCUCUUCUCAGAGAUGGUGUCGACGAGUCGCUUCGUUGCUAUUGCUCUUUCCUUCUUUGUCUUCGCCGUCUUCAUGGACCUCUCGGCCGCCGAAUACCUCUCAGACCACAUCUUUGAGCCGAGACCUGCAAUUGGUAGGGGGCUUCUUCAAGCAGAUAAACCUUGCCCGGUGGACUUUGAAUACAAAAACUACACGAUCAUCACAAGCCAAUGCAAAGGACCACUAUACCUCCCAUCUCGUUGUUGCAGUGCUUUUAAGCAGUUUGCGUGCCCCUAUAGGGACGUACUCAAUGACCUAGGAAAUAACUGUGCCAAAGUGAUGUUUGCAUACAUACACCUUUAUGGUAAAUAUCCGGCGGGGUUGUUUGCAAAUGAGUGCAGAGAUGAUAAAAUCGGCUUAUUAUGCAAUCUCACCUCCACAGAGAAUCACCAGGUCAGCCCCAAUGCCGCACACAUUGCUUAUGUCUCUAGCCUCUGUCUUGUUCUUGUGGCCAUUGCAGCCUCCCUUGUUCUGUAAACCAGUCUGUAAGACCGGCUUGAGUAUAGUGUAUGAUGCACACGUAGUGCGAUAAGAUGUAUAUUGAGACCUUUCUUUAUAUAUCUAUAGCUUUCAUGGUCCUUUCAGAAUUGGAUGCUGUUGUAUUA